CAGCCCUCGACUCCGGGUAGAGAGGAGCGGAUCAUAGGAACGAGGAGGGGAACGCGAACAGGAGGACCUCGGGACCCCACCCGAGCCGGGGACCAGGCCCAGAGGGCAGCAGCCAAAGCUCCACGCUUCCCUUUGCCACGCCCGCAGCCCCGGGUCCGCGCGCGCCCACCCGGCCUGGACCCUGAAACCCACCCCUCAGGGUCCAGGGCCAAUCGGCCGCGCCCCGCCUCCUGGGAGGUGGGGGAGGAGGGGGUUGGGGGCCGGGCGGCAGCGCCCGCCUUCGGCUCGUGCCCAUUGGCUGGGGCCUCGAGGGUGCCCGAAGACCGGAGUGCAGUUUGAUUGGCCGCAGAGGCUCGUGACAGCGGCGCCCAUUGGCUGUGGUGGUCCCCGUGACGCGGGGUGGCGACUGGCUCCCGGGUCUGAGGGGCUCCUGCUUGUCAGGUUCUAGCUCAUGUUUUCUGGCCAGACUUAUGGUCAUUCCCGUGAGACUUCACUGCACAUUUUCUCAAGUGUGUUCCUCAUCCCUAAUGUGUAAUCCUUCAACAUGGACCUGCUACUUUAGCUAAGAUAUGACCAGCAAUGAAUAGUAGUAAGAGGAUCUCAGCUGAAUUAACAAGAAAGUGACUUCUGGUAUGGAUGAGCCAAAACUAAAAAUAGGAGAUAUGUGCUGAUUAGAAGGCUCACAGUACGGAGUGGAGGAUAAGACAGUGCCUUACAAAAAUGGGGUUUGGGAGUGACCUGAAGAAUUCACAUGAAGCUGUGUUAAAAUUGCAAGACUGGGAAUUACGAUUACUGGAGACAGUGAAGAAAUUUAUGGCUCUGAGAAUAAAAAGUGAUAAAGAAUAUGCAUCUACUUUACAGAACCUUUGUAAUCAAGUUGAUAAGGAAAGUACUGUUCAAAUGAAUUAUGUCAGCAAUGUAUCCAAGUCUUGGCUACUUAUGAUUCAGCAGACAGAGCAACUUAGUAGAAUAAUGAAGACACAUGCAGAGGACCUAAAUUCUGGACCCUUACACAGGCUCACCAUGAUGAUUAAAGAUAAGCAACAGAUGAAGAAAAGUUUUAUAGGUGUUCAUCAGCAGAUAGAGGCAGAGAUGAUCAAGGUUACAAAGACAGAAUUAGAAAAAUUAAAGUCCAGCUAUAGACAGUUGAUAAAAGAAAUGAAUUCUGCCAGAGAGAAAUAUAAAGAAGCUUUAGCUAAAGGGAAAGAAACCGAAAAGGCCAAGGAACGAUACGACAAAGCCACAAUGAAACUUCAUAUGCUGCAUAAUCAGUAUGUAUUGGCAUUGAAAGGGGCACAGCUUCAUCAGAAUCAGUAUUAUGACACCACACUUCCUUUGCUUCUGGACUCCUUACAAAAGAUGCAAGAAGAAAUGAUAAAAGCACUAAAAGGUAUAUUUGAUGAAUACAGCCAGAUAACCAGUCUUGUUACAGAGGAAAUAGUGAAUGUCCAUAAAGAGAUUAAAAUGUCAGUUGAACAGAUAGACCCUAGCACAGAAUACAAUAAUUUCAUAGAUGUUCACAGAACAACAGCUGCUAAAGAGCAAGAAAUUGAGUUUGAUACUUCCUUACUAGAAGAAAAUGAAAAUCUUCAGGCAAAUGAAAUUAUGUGGAAUAAUUUAACAGCAGAAAGUUUGCAAGUAAUGUUGAAAACCUUAGCAGAAGAACUUAUGCAGACACAGCAGAUGCUUUUAAACAAGGAAGAGGCUGUCCUGGAGCUAGAGAAGAGAAUUGAAGAAUCUUCUAAGUCCUACGAAAAGAAGUCUGAUAUUGUGCUUCUGCUAAGCCAGAAACAGUCACUUGAAGAGCUGAAACAGUCAGUCCAGCAGUUGAGAUGCACUGAGGCAAAGUUUACAGCACAGAAAGAAUUACUAGAACAAAAAGUACAAGAAAACGAUGGGAAAGAGCCACCUCCAGUAGUAAAUUAUGAAGAAGAUGCACGAUCAGUUACAUCUAUGGAAAGAAAGGAGAGGCUCUCCAAGUUUGAGUCUAUUCGUCAUUCAAUUGCUGGAAUAAUUAGGUCUCCAAAAUCUGCACUGGGCUCUUCAACAUACUCUGAUGCAGUCUCCAUAAGUGAGAAGCCCCUGGCAGAACAGGACUGGUACCACGGUGCAAUUCCCAGAAUAGAAGCACAAGAACUUUUAAAACAACAAGGAGACUUCUUGGUGCGAGAAAGUCAUGGGAAACCUGGUGAAUAUGUCCUUUCUGUAUAUUCUGAUGGACAAAGGAGACACUUUAUCAUACAAUUUGUUGAUAAUCUGUAUCGAUUUGAAGGCACUGGUUUUUCAAACAUUCCUCAACUAAUAGAACAUCACUAUACAACAAAACAGGUCAUCACUAAGAAAUCAGGUGUAGUUCUGCUGAACCCUAUUCCUAAGGAUAAGAAAUGGGUUCUCAAUCAUGAAGAUGUCACGUUGGGAGAACUACUGGGCAAGGGGAAUUUUGGUGAAGUAUAUAAGGGCAUAUUAAAGGAUAAAACCGCUGUUGCUGUUAAAACAUGUAAAGAAGACCUUCCUCAGGAACUGAAAAUAAAAUUUUUACAAGAAGCCAAAAUUCUCAAGCAAUACGAUCAUCCCAAUAUUGUCAAACUUAUAGGCGUUUGCACACAAAGACAGCCUAUCUACAUCAUUAUGGAACUGGUUCCAGGAGGUGAUUUCCUCUCCUUUCUGAGAAAGAAGAAGGAUGAACUAAAACUCAAGCAGUUAGUGAAAUUUUCAUUAGAUGCUGUUUCUGGUAUGUCCUAUCUCGAGAGUAAAAACUGUAUUCACAGGGAUCUUGCUGCAAGAAACUGCCUGGUAGGUGAAAAUAACGUUCUGAAAAUCAGUGACUUUGGAAUGUCUCGUCAAGAGGAUGGUGGAGUGUAUUCAUCUUCUGGCUUAAAGCAGAUUCCCAUUAAAUGGACAGCACCAGAAGCUCUUAAUUAUGGGAGAUACAGUUCUGAGAGUGACGUGUGGAGCUUUGGAAUCCUCCUCUGGGAGACCUUCAGCCUAGGGGUCUGCCCAUACCCUGGAAUGACAAAUCAGCAAGCACGGGAACAAGUGGAAAGAGGAUACCGAAUGUCAGCCCCUCAGCAUUGCCCAGAGGACAUUUUUAAAAUUAUGAUGAAGUGUUGGGAUUAUAAACCUGAAAACCGUCCCAAGUUCAGUGACCUUCAGAAAGAGCUGGCUGUCAUCAAGAGGAAAAUCACACAGUGACGGACCAGUGCCAACAGGCUUCAGGACCUGGUCCUCCAGCAGAGUGACAUUGUUCUUCUUGUUAACGUUGAGUUUAUACCACAUUACCUGCAACAAUUUUCUAAGGUGGUUUUUGUUAUUAACUGUUUUUUAAAUAUGCGCCACUUACAAAAAAAGGGUGGGGGGGAGGGCAAAGGCAAAUGUAUUCAAGAGACAGACACUCUUACCAAGGGCUUUAUGUGCUCACCACAGCAAUCCUGCCAUUUCAGGCCAUUGUAAAUAGAUAAGCACAGACUCUCAGUGUGACGGAAGGUCAGAGCUUUUUCACACCAGGACCACUGAUGUUUCUCAAAGGUUCUCUACUUCAGGCACAGUUCAUGGGCCACUGUCCUAUGCCACUGACCCUACUCAAUCGGUGCUAAAAGCAGCAUUGGUGAUGCCAUGUUCGCAGGAUACAUUCCAACCAAAGGUGGCUCUUUGCUCUGCCAAGGCAAGAUUCUAUUUGUAAACAUCAUUUUAUAUUGGGAAUUAGUUGGACCUCUUAGGGUUUUUUUUUUUUCUUUUCUUUCUUGGCCAGAAAUAAGUACAGUGUGAGCAGCAUCACACUCCUAUAUUAUUAGUAAGGUAGUCAUUUCCCUGCUCCUUUGUCCUGGCUUUGGACAGUGAUGCACAAGAUGUCCCCAGAGAACACACACUUGGACCUGAAGCAGCAGCUUUUAUAGGCUGUUUUUGAGAGUCGUGCAUGAAGGAAGCUUGAAUGGGAGGGAGGUCUGGAGGAAGGAGCAGCUAGACUAGCAAUCUAAGACAAGAGGAAAAUAGAAAAUCUGCCUUCUGAUCAGAGUUAUGCCUUUACAAACACACACACACACACACACACACACACACACACACACACACACAUUUUAUGAUCUAAAUUCACAAGAAAAGUUCUAAGGAACAUUUUUCAGAAGUUCAUAGUUGGAGAUUUCUUAAUGGCAACAAAAAACUGUUUCGAGAAACUCCGAAGCACAAGUCCACAGUAAUCACAGCCUACUUUUGGUUAUGUACCUUCACCUCAGAGGAGGCAUCCUGGAAUUGCACUCCCUUCGCUUGUGUCAGUUUCCAGGGCUGAAAGAAUUUCAUGAUUCUAGUUCAUAAACAUAUUUGUGUGUGUACACACAUGAACAUGUGCUACACACACAUACACACACACACACACACAACCAAUAAGCAGGAGUAAUGGUUAAUAAGUUGAGGGACAGCCCUCCUGUUCCCCUUCCCCCUUCAUUUACCCUUAUAAUGCUACCUGGAAAUCCUUACCUUAGCUGACAGGUAUGCGAACACAGUUCUGGAGAUGCUUCCUGUGCAUAAUAUGUGACACAGAAUUAAAAGCAAGAUUCUGUCUGGCUGAAUGUUAGCUACAUCCAGGGAAGCUACCCCACGUUGUGUAAAUAGUUGCCGCUCAGGAUAAAUAUGUGUGUAAGAGAUGGUCACUCUCAGGGGUCAGUGCAGCUUGGGAGCUUUUAAUAAGUGCCCAGGCCUGUGUCCAGAUAAAUAGCACCUUAGUGAUCAUUUGAUUAUAUCCAUUGGAAGAGCUUAUAGGAGAGAAAAUUCCUCCUGCCCUCUCUGGCUGUUCACUGCCUCUGAAGAUCAUGGCACAGAACCCGUACUUUAAAGAGUAUAAAGGAUAAUACUGAAGAGAAGAAAAUGGCUUGUGUCUAUCAUUUCAAUUUCCUUGCAAGUUUCAUACACAUUUAAUAGUUACUACAUCCAGACUAAAACAAAAGCGUAAUAAACUUGCCCUCAAAAACACACUGCAAUAUACAAAGCAACUUUUUAAAAGUCAGCAUUGUCUUCCCUUCUGUCAAAUAUGAUAAGUAAAUGGAAGCUUCUUUUGAUGGCAUAUACUGUGGCAAAUCAAAGCACAGACUCAUUAAUUAAGUGCUGUGGUCUUCAGGCACUUGCCUGCCUUCAAAAGAGAGAGUAAGAUGGGACAUUUUUACCCUUUGUCAGUAUUUCCAAAUGAAUCUCUUCAUAAUAUUCUUUGUUUGAAGAAAACAGCCUCUCAGCACUUAGCAGCCUCAGUGCUAAGCUCUCAGCAAGGAGAGAGAAUGACGGUUUUGGCUUUAAUUUUGUGAACAAGACCCGAAGCUUAAUCUUUGCAUUCUGGUGUAAAGAAUGAACAUGACAUUGAUAUUUCACUCAUCCAGGCUGUUAGAAUUUGCAAUUCACAUCAUAACUCUGUGCUUAAAUUAAAGAAGCUUUUCAAAACAUCGUGACAUCUGCAGCAUUUAAAUUCUAUUUUAUUCUUUGUCCCAAAGCAGGCAGUGGUAUAGUUCAGGAUUAAUAACACAUUGGGAGUCUUUCAGGAUCAGUUGUACAGAAUAUUAAAUUUAAUAUAGGCACAUGCAUUAAGAAAAACUUAUGCAAACCAUUUUUUUUACUGUUAAUUUUGUUGUGCUUGGAGCAUAAUUUAUUCAUCCCUUCUGUCACUGAUAAUUAUUGGAAUUAUGUACUUUAGGAGGCUAAUCCAUACCCAGAAAGCACACAUAUAAAUACUGUUCUGAAUUUGCAAGUUGAUGGAGGGAAAGAAGGCUUAAGAAAUGCACAAAACCCUGUAACUUGUUUAGUAAGAAAACAGUAACCAAAAUUGCCACUAGAUGGAAUGUAAUUAAGCCAGGUCACAAAUCUGUGUUGUUAAUGGAUUUUCCAGGAGUUGCAUCUAUCAUUCCUAUACAGUUCCUGUCAUAAUUCCUUCAAUUUAUGAGCACGAAGUGAGGGAGGGGGGACAUAAAAGCCCAGGCAUCCUUCGCCCGCAUUUUUCUGUCUUGAAUCACUAAGGAAACUUUAUGACAAAUAUUUAGGUAGUUCAUCAUUUUUCAAGAAAACAAAUCUUCUAGUGUUAAAUUAACACUUAUUACCAAUAUUUGAAACCUAAAAUUAAUUUUGUAUUCCAUACAAUCUAAGGUUAUUUCUCAAAGCCAAUAUGUUUUCUCUUCCAGGAAGGUAAUAAUAAAGGAUUAAUAGGUUUUGUGUAAACUUUUAAAACCAGAGGCCUCAUUUCAGCCCAUCCUGCCACUGAGUCUCCAGUGAAAGGUCUCAAGCAAUCAUUUGUUUUUUGCCUCCCAAAUUUAAAACAGGCAAUAAAGUUCUUCAUCCAUAAUUCACCAUUUUAUCACAAAUACAAUAUUAUUGAAACAUCUUAACUAGCAGAUCAAUAUAGACCAUGAACCUAACUGUACUAGCUGUUGUUCAGUGCACAUUUCACAACUGUUUUUCAUUUGUAGGUUAUGUUUAGAAGAAAAGCUAUUGAAAUAGUUUUAAUUUCCUUUAAACCACAAUACAGUUUUCCCGUCUGUGUUCUAAUCCUAUUUUGGUUUUGCCAUAUAGUUUUAUAUAAAGUUUGGCUAAUACCACUAAAAUAACUAUGUGAGAUUGUGUCAAGAAGAAAGGGUUUUCAUUAUAAUAUAUGCCCCACACUGAGCACCUAGUUAGUGGGAUAAACAUACAAAUUACAACGCAAAACUCAAUGACAGAACACUGCUGUCAUUCAGAAUUAUCUCAGGCACUCCACUUGAACAUGAAUUCAUGAGAGUCAUCAGAUGUUCUGGGAGUGUUCCUGCCAGCCUUAGUUAGUAUACUCUGUGGACACUAUUUUGUGGCCAUGGGUUGUCUGAGAGGAGAUUGAUAUAAUCUGAAAAGAGGCUCCCUGCCUCAGCCCUCUUCUUUUUUAUACAUACUCCCUGGAUCACACCACUGAUAUUUUAGAUGUUUCUUAUCAACAGAACUGACUGUCCAUAAGCACUGUUCUGAGUCAUGUAAAGACUGACUUCUGUAUUUAGGUCAGAACCCUCACACAAAACACAGAAUAGCACAAAACAAAAAGAGCAACCAAGGGGGAGACAUUGAAAAUGACCCGUCUUCUUUAUGUAUUAAUAUGUUAAUUAAAUGGAAACAAAGAUUUUAUAUAAAAAUGAGUUUAUAUUACAUUUCCAUUAUACUAUUAAGUUAGCAUGAAAGUUUACCAUUAAAAUAAAGUUACCUCUUUUAUUACUAACUCUGAUUUGCUUAUGCAUACCAGAAAAUUUUUAUUAAAUAUUUUAAUUUUAUUUAUUUUUCUCUGUUUCAAUUAGUUUCACAUCAAAUCUGAUGCUAUAUUAUUUGGGAGAAUCCAGAACUGCAUAUUCAUUUCUGCAUAGGAAAAUACUCAUGUACAAGAUCAUCUCCUUGAAGGAGGUACUGAUAGUCUUGAGUCCUAUAAAAUUCUCCUUUCAAGAAUAAUGCUAUAAUACCGAAGGUAUAUAAACUAUAUAUCUCAGUCAUAAUUCAAUUUAAGGAAAUAUUUAUUACCCCUUGAAAACCAGUCUACUGCCUCCUAUUGACUCAAAGAUUAAAUUCUGGAUCGUUGAGUAUAGACAUUAAGACUCACUUAGCUCACUAAUAAGAACUGAGAGUCUUGGCUGGUAGAAGAAUCCUGCUGAACUAAAUUCUGGUCACUUUAAACUGCAUAGAAGUAAUGAGCAUAGGCUUUAGUAUGUCCGUGAAUAAGGAGCUGAGGUGAGCAUCUGCAAAGGCAAGAGAGGAAAGAGCCAGUUAUUCUCAGGCAGAAUGCUGCAGCGGCUAACAGUGCGGAGUUAAGUCAAGCAGAAUGGAGACCUGGACAAUGUCACUAGAAAGUCUGAGACCAGUGCCCCUAGGCUAGAUGCUUCUCCACAGAAAAUUCAAAAGAUAUCGGAGUCAAAAGAAGCAAAAGAGGUCACCUACCAGUGUGUACAGGGCCUUAGUUUGAGCAAAGCGAACACCUCUCCCUUGCAUUUGGAGCAGUUUUACAUGCGGAACUCAGAGAUGCUGCUGCUUGGGUGACACUUGCAUUCAUGGUCUUGCUGACUAGGAUUUGGUCAUAGAUGUUCACACAUUUCAGAGACACUACUCAAAGUCUCUACAUUUGCAUUAGUUGUAUUUACUAUGUAUUUAAACUAAGGCCACUGAGUAUUCAUACUUUGUAUGAAUUUCAAAGUAUCUCAUACUUUGUUAGAAAUCCUUAGUUGCAACAGGGCGUGGUCUCCUAAAAGAGAGCACACUUGGAUCAGCCGCGUUUCACCUUUUGACUAAUGUUCACUAAUUGGCUCCUGGAGUUAUGCCCUGAGGGACCUUCCUGGGAGGAGCUCUACUCUGGAAAAACAAGGAAUUCAGCAGGGAAGUCAGAAAAUGCCAAUUAAACGGCAAUGUUUCUUGUCUUAGUACUAGUAACAUUUGAGGGAAAAGAAUCUUAGAAACAUCCUCAAGCCAGUCGUGGUGCAGUACGGCUGAGGUGACACAGAGGCAGUGAAAGAGACUCCCAAAACCGAGACUGAAGGCUAACCUUCCAAAGACUAAAUACAACAUCAAUAAGAGAAAGCCUCCAUAGGGUCUCCAAAGGGGGGUGUGAGGGGCUUCCUGCAGCAUGUUAUUAAACAUUACAUUCCUCUCAAGUCUCCACAACAUUUCUUAAAGGACACUGAAUUGGAUAUUGAUGCGAUUUUCUUUUAUGCUCCUGCUAAUCUCAGGAGGUAGCCACUGAGGAAUGGGAAUUACCCUAGCCCGGGGUUUCCACUAAGGCUGCAGACUGGAUGGCAGCUCAGUCCUCUCCCAAAGCAACACGCGUAUGCGUGGGGUAGGCAGCACUGGAGGAACACUGCUGGGAAAGCGCCUUUUUAGUUUAUUAAAGAAAUCUUGUAGUAGGUGUCUGUGCCCACAAUGUGAAGAUUUAGCUUCUCUCCUCGCCAGCAAACUUGUAAGAACCCUGAAACAUGAAUAUUUAUUUUAUUCUAAAUAGAUUCCAAUUCGGAAUUUCCAAACUAUCUUCCCAAACAUUACGAGACCAGCAGAUUCAAGUGUUCUACAAAGCAGUGUUCGAAGUGUUAGUAAUGACCGUGGUAGCAGAAUCUUAUAGUAUGUUCUCUGUCAGCUUUAUUCAUUUAGGAAGCUCUCCCUGAACAUCUGCCAUGUCAGGCACAGGGAACCGUGUGGGGUGCUACUUUCUCUGUUUUGUUUGUUUGUUGCUGUUGUUUUUAAAUUUCAGUUGGUAUUUCCUUUUCUCACAUUCAGUUUCUUAAUCCUCACUUAACCACAACAGAAAAGCCUCUAUCAUCAGCUUUUAUUGGAUAGUGUCAUAACUGCCCUAGACCAAAGAGUUUCUCCUCAGGUGCUCAGGAGGCCCUGCCUUGUAGGGAACUCCCAGGCAUCCAUUUACCAAGGCCAACUGCACACCCACUAUGGGAGAGGCCCCAUGGUACAUGCAGCUUAGAAUACAGCUUAGUUGUUGUCCUUGUGGCAGAGACAGGACAGUUAGGUGGCAGUUGUGUUUGAUGAGUAAUACUAUCUUGGAGAUUAAAAAAUCCCUUGGGAGAUUUUUCCCAGGACACAAAGACCACUGUGAGCAGGCGUGUCCAGGGAAGCAGCCUGUUGACUUGGCCAAGUAAGCUCCUUAAGUGAUCUACCUGCCUCCAAAGAAAUGUUAAAACAAUAGCAAUGAUCACUUUAUCUUAAACCCCUGGACAUAUUCAAUUUUUCCAUUCCUCUCUUCCAUGCCAAUAAUUUUUGUCACUUUCUUCACAUUCCUCAUCAGUAAAUGUCUAAAGUUAUCAACUGUGCAAUGUUAAAGAGUUUCUCCAUAGAUUCAGAAAAGAGGGUAGCAAACAUGAAGACAAGUUGAGAAUAAGGUGACCUACCUAGAUACACAGUCCCAAUAGCAUCACUGUGUUAAAACCUCAGCUCUACUCUACACAUGCCCCAAAGCAGCACCUCUCCUAAAAAAAGCCAAACAUCACACCUUUCUCCCAUUUUCUGAGAACAUCUUUGAUAUCAGAAUAAGCACACUGUAGAUGCUAUCCAAAGCAGAUUCUAAAAUGACAUACUAAGAAGCCAGACUUUAGUCAUCAGACAACAGAAAUACCACUUCACCCUAUAUGCUCACUUAAAACACCCUUGCAAAAACUACAACCAUGUAGGCAAUCCAUCUGGUCAUAGGAGAUCCUACCUUAUUUUGAAAGCAUAUGACACAUAUCCAUGGGAAAUGACAAUGUUCUGAGCAGCACAGGGUAAGGGUAAAGAAGGCCACAAAAACAAAUCCCAGUUCCCACAUUGGAGCAGCAAAACUUUGUGCACAAAAAAUGAAGUGUAGGAGUCCAAACUCUCACUGUUGUCUUCUUAUAGCUCUCGUCAAACUGUUACAAAUUUGGGGUCUUUUGAGUUGCCUGAACAAUCUUUAUGAAGAUGAAACCUGUCUGCCCCCUAAACGGGGGCUCAAAUUUCUAAGUGCCCUGGACUCAAAACUUUAGGGUCUAAGAGGGGAUCUGGAAUCUAUUAUUACUGAGAUCCCAGGCAAAAGGACCACCCUAGCAGUCUUUGCCAGCUCACCAAUCCAUGCUUUUGUUCUUUUUUCAAUACAGAAGGGGAAAAAAAUAAAAAGAAAAACACCCUAUUAUGUAGGAAUUUUCCUUUCACAAAUAACUUGACUUGCAGAAAUAAAUUUGCCUGCCUGCUCUUAAGAAAUGCCAGACUGCCAUAAGGAAAUGCAAAGGGCAUUGUGCCCAGAACGAUGCUUAGUAUGACUGUGAAUGUUUUCUCCUAACCCAAAGUACUGCAGACUUCUCGUAGACUACAGGAUGCUUUGAAGGCCCAUGCCCUGCCAGUCUGAAUUGCUCUGCUGUAGCUUCAAGCAAAAGACCAUUUCCAACAGAACUGAACUUAUUUGCUAUAGAUCUUCUUCGGGUGCUAAGCCUUUCACACUUGCAAUGUACAGAAAAUAUACAUGUUUUAAUGGAACUUACUAUUUUGGCUUUAGAGAAAAACAGAUUGUUUCCCCAUAGCAAGUAUCAUUCUAAAUGAUAUACUACCAUUCUAAAUCCAACCCCGGGUAUAGAUUUUGAGUGUCAAAUCAAAAUCACAGAUAAAGAGAAGCUAGUAAGGAAAAAUCUUGGUUAUUUUAAAUUUGUGACCAAAGUGGCCAAAGAUGUGAAACUCCUUUUCACUUGAUGAACAUUUCACUUCACCAUAUGAAAUGUCAGCUACCCAAUACCAUCCUGUGACAUAAUCAGACUCUCACUGUGGGCCAAUGUCCAGGAGCACACUUUUCAUGGACUCUUACCAUUUUCCUUCAGGGAGUAUUGAGAUUUCUCCCUGAAAUAGCUUUGUUAGCCAGACAUCUAUAGACAUCAUAUUUAUGUUUAAAUACCUUAGAUGGCCUAAUUAAGCACCAUGAGUAUAAUGGGGGCUGGUAGGGGUGUGAAUUCUGCUGAAUUUAUGUUAUGGCUUUCUUUUGUGUGUGUUUUUCUUGGUGUGGUCUGGUGAGUACCCUAGAAGGUUGGAACUCUCCCAAGUCAUAGCCAUACAACCACAUAGGGUUAGGAAAAGCCAGAUAAAUGCAGGAGAAUAAAAUCAAGUUGUCAAAGUCCCAAGAACAGCCCUGACUUCGUCAGGAACCCAAACAAAUUGAAAGCAAAGAUAAAAUGUACAAAUGGUACCCAGGCCAUUUGUGGGUAGCCUACUGGACUAAGGCGCUGCCAUUUUCUGGGCACAGGUCCACAGUGAGUGGUUUCAGGAAUGUGAUUUUCUGGGUUGCUUCCUCUCCCCUUUGGACAGAUGAUUUUGAGAUGACGGGGUCAGAGUGGGGCCUUGCCCUCAGCCCCCCUAAGGUUUAGAUGUUCCAUCUGCAAGCAUCACUUUGAGCAAAGUACUCCUGUGGUUUCCCAAGUUUCCUUUUAGUGCCAAUAUUAUCAGGUUAAAGCACCUUUAGUCUUUUCUGUUGCUGUUUUAAAAUAAUUUAUUUGUGAAGUGGUUACAAGAAACACUGGAAAUAGGGUGCUUCUUAUAAAAAAGUUCAAGUGUAAAACAUACAGACAAGGCCUUUGGUGAGUUUAUCUGGCUUUGUAAACAAGUCUGAGAAUGAAUGACAGCUGAAUAUAUAAAGCAGUUAGUUGUCUUUUACCAUUUUUAACUCAGAUCUGUAUUUAACACUUAUUUAUUUGUUAGUUUUUACAUUCAGAAGAAAUACACUUUCCACUUUGGCUAACAUUGUAGAAUGUUUUUCAAUUGUCUUCUGAUUUUUUAAAACAUGAUUUCAUCAUUUUUGUAAACUUAGGCCAUUUUUGAAUAGCCUUUUUCUUUUCCAGUAGCCCAAGUACCACUCAUUGGUCUUCAGAACCUUUCUUUUUUACUGUAUUCUUUUAAUAAAUGUAAAAUAUUUGUAGCAAA